UUGUCCUCAAUGAGUUUUUUGGCUUGUGAGGCCACUCAAAUUGGUAAUGAAUACAUUGUAUACAUGGGCUCACUUCCUAAAGAAGAAUCAUAUUCUCCAACCUCUCAUCAUUUGAACAUGUUGCAACAAGUCUUUGAUGGGGGUGACAUAAAAAAUCUCUUAAUUAGAAGUUAUAAGAGAAGUUUCAAUGGUUUUGCUGCAAUACUCAAUGAUCAACAAAGAGAAAAACUUCUUAACAUGAAAGGUGUCGUCUCGGUGUUUCCAAAUCAAAACUUUUACCUACAAACGACACGAUCGUGGAAUUUUCUUGGAUUUCCUCAAAAAAUCAAAAGAGAUCCGAUUAUUGAGAGUGACUUAAUAGUUGGAGUCAUUGAUAGUGGAAUAUGGCCAGAAUCUGAAAGUUUUAACGACAAAGGUCUUGGUCCAAUUCCAAAAAAGUGGAAGGGAGUUUGUAAAGGUGGUUCUAACUUCACUUGCAAUAACAAACUCAUUGGAGCACGAUCUUAUGGUGAUGGGGAUAGUGUAAGAGACGAGGUUGGUCAUGGAACUCACACAGCAUCAACUGCAGCGGGAAGAGAGGUGCAGGGUGUGAGUUUUUUUGAUCUUGCAAAAGGAACCGUAAGAGGUGGAGUCCCAUCUUCAAGGAUUGCAAUGUAUAAAUUAUGUGGUGCAAAUGGUAAAUGUGGUGGUUCUAGUAUAUUAGGUGCAUUUGAUGAUGCCAUUGCUGAUGGUGUUGAUAUCAUCUCACUCUCAGUUGGGGGUCGAGAUGCACUAGAUUUUUUGGAUGAUGCUAUUGCCAUUGGUUCUUUUCAUGCCAUGGAGAAUGGAAUACUCACAUCACAUUCUGCAGGAAAUAGUGGUCCUGGCGUAAGUACUACUAUGAGUGUAGCACCUUGGUUAUUUAGUGUUGCAGCAACUACCAUAGAUCGUAAAUUCAUUAGUAAGCUUAUUCUUGGAAAUGGAAAGACUCUAAUUGGUAGUUCAGUUAACACUUUCCCCUCAAAUGGCACAAAAGUUCCAAUAACUAAGGGUACUUGCUCAAAUGGCUUAAAUAAGACAUUGGCGGAAGGUAAGAUUGUUUUGUGUGAAUCACGAGGGUUUGAAGAUUUAGUUUUUCAAAGUGGUGCAUAUGGUAUAGUCUCAAAUGUUGAAGAGUCUCUAAAUGAUGUGGCUUUUGUCUCUGAGAUGCCUUCAACUAACUUGAAUUCGAAAGACUUUGAUCUUGUUCAAUCUUACACAGAAUCCACUAGAUCCCCUGAAGCUGAAAUUUUGAAGAGCGAGAUCUUACAUGAUACAACUGCUCCUAGAGUUGUUUCUUUCUCUUCUCGUGGUCCAAAUUCAGUGGUUCCAGUUAUUAUGAAACCAGAUAUAAGUGCCCCGGGAGUGGAUAUCUUGGCUGCAUAUUCACCUCUAGCCCCUCCAUCUUCUGGUUUUGGUGACACGAGAAAGGUUGGUUAUAACAUAGAUUCUGGAACCUCUAUGGCAUGUCCCCACAUUUCCGCAAUCGCUGCAUAUGUGAAAUCAUUUCAUCCAAAUUGGUCACCUGCGGCUAUAAAAUCUGCUAUCAUGACCACAGCAAAACCUGUGAAUGGAACUUAUAAUGAUUUGGCUGGGGAGUUUUCUUAUGGAUCAGGGAAUGUCAAUCCGCGACUAGCUGUUAACCCAGGACUUAUUUAUAACAUCACUAAAGACGACUAUGUGCAAAUGCUUUGCAAUUAUGGUUAUGAUGAUGAAAAAAUUAAACAAGUUAGUGGCGAUAACUCAAGUUGUCGUGGAACUUCUAACCCAUUGUUAGUAAAAGAUCUAAAUUAUCCUGCACUAGUGAUUCAUGUUGCGCCUCAAAAACCUUUCAAUAUCAAGUUUCCUAGAACAGUUACAAAUGUUGGCUCUCCUAAUGCAACCUACAAAGCUAUUGUCACUCCUAUUCCAAAUGUCAAGAUUACAGUGGAACCAAAUUUUCUUUCAUUCAAAUCAUUAGAAAAGACACAAUCAUUUGUCGUCACAGCUGUUGGGACUGUAGGACAAAGUCAAACCCUGUUUUCAUCGUCACUUGUUUGGUCAGAUGGCAUCCACAAUGUCAAGAGUCCAAUCAUCGUACACUUAACAUCGUAA